GGAAAUGUAGUCUCCAGAGGCUUUGGAGCGGUCUCCUGGGGCGACCGCACCUUGGGGCCUGAGCUUUAAGGCCUAAGCCUGGCGGGAAGAGGACAUCGCAGCUAUUCUGGUGACCUCACAAAUGGCUCUCACAGGAAGGCCCGCCGGCCCUCCGCACGCUGCUUUCGGCUUUGGUGACGCGCACUUAGACAGCUCAAGGAUGGAGGUCAGGAACCUUCAAGGCCGAAGGCGUGGCCAAGCAGCACCCGGGCAGAGCAGAAUCCUACAGAGAAACCAAAUGAUGGAUGAAAAAUAUUUGAUGCCCAAAGAGGAUCCGACGCCAGGGAGCGGGCGGAGGCUGAGCCUCGGGUCCACCACCAUCUCCUCCAAGACAAGAGCCAACGAGGCCCUUAGAAAACUGGCCCAGAUAGAAACCAGGAUCCUGAGUCGCAAGCAGGCGCCCUCGGCUGUGACUGACACGGAGUCUGACUCCAUGGCCAGCCAGCAGCGGAGUCUUCCUAAGAGGAGGGAUGCGACGUCUCCGGUAACUUCCCAGCAUCCACACAGGACUUUCCAGCAACAAAUAUGUAAACCCUCCACGGCCGAAAGCAACGGGCACAGUGGCAAGGGUAGCAGGUUUCUGAAGAAGAAGCAGUUGCCCACUGAAGCUAGGCCCCCGGGACCGGCAGUGGGCAACGUGGGGAAAGGUCCACUGCUCAGACAGAAGGAACCUGCCAGAAAGUGUGAUGCCCCCGACAGUGAUGAAGAGGAAAUGAAAGUGUUGCUCGGAAGUUUGAUAGAAUCCUCUGGAGAAAAAGAAACAAAUAGAAUUCGGGAGCCCACCCGCCCCAAAGCCAGCAGGGGCGGGCACGGGAAACUGUUCUCGGACCAGACUCCAGCUCAGCUGGGAGUCCCAUCUCGGCUCGGUGUGGACCAGUCCAGCUUACAGCCUCCUCGGAGCUUGCCAUCAAUCAGCGUUUGCCCGAGCACUCGCCCCCCAGUGACCCUCGACGCUGGGGACACAGCCUCCCGCACAUCCUCGCCUUCAGUUGGAGAUGCCCUUUCAAAAUCAGCAUCGUCCAAGAUGGCGUGUAUCGUGCUGGCUUCCUCCCCCAGCAGGACGGAGGCAGGGUCUUCAGAGGAGCCAGUCUCAGAGGCUGCUGAUGACAACAGCCUGCAGGAUUUUAGAAUUAAUAUUUUGUCCAUUGAUGAUCUGGUUCUGGCUGAUGGAGACAAAUCAGAUGUGGAACAGAAAGAAGAAGUUUCUGGAGGGGAAUGGGUGCCAGGCAGAGGCUCCCCACCCAUGUCACCUACUCACCUGGAAGUGCAGAGGGCUACCCGGUGCAGCAGCUCUGCGUUUCAGGGCAUGAGUGCCAUGACUGAGGAUGAAGAAGACCUCACCACCGAGAGCGAGGUCUCAGAGCACCCGGAUGCCAGCUCUGCCCCAGCUGUCCAGUCUCACAGUGUGUACAGCGCAUGCUCUGUGGAGACUCCCAUUGCACUCACAGCCAGCCCAGCUUACUCUGAGGAUUUUGAGCAGUCCUCUGGUCCCUUGGCCUCAGAAGCGUCUCUUGACAGGACGCUGGACACUCUGUCAAAGUUUUCUUCCAGUAGACAGACAGAUCUUCUCCCCAGACGACAUCUGUCGAGGACCGAGUGGGACAGAGGUGUCACUAGAGUUGUGAAAGAGACAGCAGUGCAGACACUUGACCCUGCCUUUGCCUACCAGUGGAGCAAGGCUGGUGGCAUGGCAGCCAUUGGACCUGCCCUUGGAGGCGCCUACGUGGACCCAUCACCCAUCGCCAGUCACAUUGUCAGCGCGGACGCCAUAGAAGCCCUGACAGCCUACAGCCCAGCUGUGUUGGCGCUGAACGACAUGUUGAAGCAGCAGCUGAGCCUGACACAGCAGUUCAUUGAGACCAACCGCCACCUGCAUGUGUCCCUCCUGCAGUCCCUGGAUAGGGACUCGUUUCACUACCACACCCUGGAGGAAACCAAAGAGUACAUUAGGUGCCACAGACCCGCACCCCUGACCAUGGAGGCUGCCCUGCAGGAGGCGAGGGAGGAGUUCCUCUCAGCAGGUGAGGCUUGCCUGGGCACCUGUCCACCUUGGAAUCAGUGA